AUGUAUCAAUCCCCUAACUUCCGCAGAACACAGCAGUUGCAACCCGCUGUGCAAGACAAAUACCGCACCCAAGCUUCAACGCUCCAAGAACUUUUCCCUGCAUGGUCCAACGAAGAUCUGCAAUCUGUGCUCGACGAAGUGAGUGGAGACAUAGGGCUUGCAGUAAGUAGGAUCAGUGAAGGUCAUGCUGAGCAGUGGGGCUCUGUCAACCGUAAGAAGGACAAGAAACCGACCACUUCGCCUUCACUUCAGUCGAAAGAGCCUUCUUCUCCCAGGAGUGGUGAGUUCCGCGGUGCCAGAGGCGGUCGCGGUGGAAGAGGUGGUGCUGGACGGGGCGGCGCAGCACGAGGGUCGUUCGCCCGCGGUGCCCACCAUGAGACCAACGGCCACCUGCCCAGACGUUCUCACGGCACCGAAACAGCGGUGUCCAAGCCAGAGGCAUCCGCUUCUACCACCGCUACUCCUGUUGCGGCUCCAUCGAAGCUAGCGGAGGAUGGCGCACAAACGCCUGCCGAAGCCUGGGAGCAUCCCCCCUCGGAGGCGACUACUAACGCUGCGCCUUCUACCCAGUCUGCAUGGGGAACGAGCACGCCUACAACUUGGGGAGGUGAUACCGCCGUUAACGGCUCAGCUGCCCAUCCUGCUCACGCUCCCAGUGCUGCUCCCCAACGCCCUGCGUCCGUGAAGGUGACCAAAACUCCAGCAACGUCCAAGAUGUCCUGGGCGCAGAUUGCACGACCCCACGAGAAGGCAGCACCUACUCCAUCUGCUCCGGUGCCUGCUUCAACGGUUGCUCCUGCUAUUGUUCCUGCUCCCUCAACUGCACCUCUAGCUGCACCAGAACACAGUCCUCUGCUAGAGGAGGCCCCCGCGGAGCUACCGCAACAAGGUUGGGAAGAGCCAACUACUGUACAAGCUCCUACAUGGGAAGAUGAGCCGCCCGCUGUGCUUGCAGCUGAUACAUGGGCUGCGGAGACACAACGUACUGCUGAAGAGCCGAAAGCAGUGGAGGUUGAAGUGCAUGUACCCGAAGAGCCAGCUGUCGUUCCUGAACAUGCUGUUCCCAGUGCGCUUCCCCCCCAGCUGCAGCAGCCACCUAUAGUCGAAUCACUCCCGGCCGUCGUGAAACCGAUCACCCCGGCUGCUCAUACACGACCAGCAGCCGUGGCGCACCGCAGCAGCGCGAAGUUCAAGACGACGGAUCAGGCCGUGGUCAUGCCCAGCUCAAACUUUGGAACCGUGGAGAAAGUUGGCAUGCAGUUUGGCAGCUUGAGCGUUGGUGGUGAUGACCUUGAUGUAACCACGUAUGAACCCGCUUCACCGGAAGAGGUGUCUGUUCGCGCAACCGAGCCAAGUGCUUUCGACCCACAGCUGUCUUCACAACCGUCGUCCGUCCCUGCACCUGCGCAGCUUCAGGAGACACCUGCUACACCUAUUAUCUCUCCUCCUACACAGCCAAGUGCCGCACCCAAUGUUUUCCAGCAGGCGCUACCACAGCAGGUACAGCAACAGCAGCAUCAACAACAGCAGACACAACAACCCACCCAGCAUGUUGCUCAACCGCAGCACUCAUUACCUCCUUCCCUCACCCAACCUGUUGUUCCCACUCAAGCCCAAAUCCAAGCCCAACCUUCCUUACCUGCAUCCGGUACAUCCACAUCCUCUAUAUCCCAGUACUCGCAGUCUCUCCCGCAGCAAUCCAUUUCCAACCACCAGCUCCCUCAGUCGCAAGCGCAGCAGCAGCACCUUCCAUAUGUGCAACAUGGUCUCCCCUCACACUUCGAGCCCGCGCAGAACCAAGCACACUCUCCGUCCAUUCCGCACGCCCAACAGCAACAGCAGAGCCUUGGUGGAGCCUCGUACUUCCGCCAACCUGAGGCACCGUACUUCCACACCCCAACUCCGCCCGCGACUCAGGCGCAAGAGAGCCCAUAUGGUGCGUUUGGCCAGCUCGGCCAGCAGCAAAUCCAGCACCAAGGCCAGGGCUCGCGCCUCACAGGCUUUGGCGGUGAAUAUGGCUACACCGACACCCAGAGAACUUUUUAUGAUUCGUACUCUGGCUCCGCUGGUUUCGGGAACCAUAACGUACUUGGUCAUGACGAAAUCAAGGGCCUGCCCGGUGCUCAGCAACAGUCUCACGGUGCACCCGGCCUUCCUCCUACCAAUUCUCAGUCGUCUCAACAACUUCCCCCCUCAUCACAAACAAACCAGGCGCAGCCGAAUGCAGGCCAGGGCCCGCAACAAAGCUACCCUCCACCCCUCCCAUACUACUUCCCCUACCCGCAGAACCAGUACUACGGCUCCCCUUACAACUCUGGUUACACCGUGCCGCAGCCCUUCGUGAAGUACCCGACCGUUUUCCAAGCAGGACCGCCCGGACCGCAGUCUGCGCCGUCGCCUGCCGCGAAACAAGGACCGGGCGCGGUGCAGCCACAGUCGCCGUAUGCCCAGAACCUGUAUGGACAGCAACACCCGUCGAGCGCGUACGAUGAUCUUGGGUACCAGCAUCACUCUCAGCACUCCCACGCGCAGAGCGUCGGCAGCACGAUCCCGCAGGCUGAGUAUGGCAAGUCGCUCUACGGCGCCGGUGGCCAAGGAAUGCAGGGUUUCAUGGGCCUCGGCCAGUCGAACGGCCCUUCGUCGGGUCCGCCCAUCGGCCAACGCGCGGGCGGCGCCUCCCCUGAGACCGUGUACAAGCCGUACGGCGGGAACGUGGGCGUCAAGGAUGUCGGUGGGGGUGUUGGUGUUGGACAGGGCGGUGUCGGCCAACCACAGACCCGCGGUGGCGUGCAGCAGCCCGCUCAAGCCGGGUUCUAUGGUGCGCAAAGAUUCGGUGCGGGCACAUCGGCGGUGCCGCAGAGCCAGCAGGCGCAGCAGCACCAACCGCAGGGCCAGGUUCCGCAGGGUCAUAUGGGCGGCUACCCACAGGGCGGGUCGGAUGCGGGCCAAUUCUACACGUACCAGCCGAGACAGCAGCAAUAUUGGCAAUAA